AUGGGCUUGAGGGUGUAUUGGGAACUGUGUAGGAAGUAUGGAGUGAAGUGUGCUGAUGUUUGGUAUAAGGAAGUACCCGAUGAGGUAAGGGUGUCAGAGGAUGGUCAGGUAGAGAUUUGGUGGGACAGGGGCGUCGAGACAACACAGAAGAUGGAACAUAAUCGUCCGGAUGUUACUGUGUUGAAUCGGGCGGCCCAGGAGUGGACGUUUGUUGAUUUCUCGGUGCCUUGGGACAAGAACGUGGUGUUGAAGGAGGAUGAAAAGGUUGCAAAGUAUGCACCUUUGGCAAAGGAGAUAAGGAAGAUGCACCGGGUAUCAACAAAGGUAGUUCCAUUAGUUGUUGGUUGUCUUGGGGUUGUGUCGAGUAGGUUUGUGGGAUACCUAAAAGUUUUGGGUAUCCCAGAUGUUCUGGGUGGUAUGCAGACGUGUGCAGUGAUUGGGACCACCCUCAUUUUACAAAAGGUGCUUAGCGUCUAA